UCCAAAGAUUGAUAAGCUUUUAGACUGCUUGACCUCGACUUUCCGUAAGCAACAUUCCCAUUCGCGACUUGUGGAACAAGAUCGUCUUGUCCGACAGCAGCAACUUCAGACAGCGACAUCUUCACCGGUCUCUCUAGGACACCCACAUCCCACAUGCAACAAGUUAUCAUUCUGACUUAGGUCCCAUCCUACCCCUUUACGACAUCUCCGUUGAUCGAAAGAUUUUUUUUCUUCUUCUUCUCUUUUCUUCUUGACUCUCGCGGCCCUUGCAACUCGACAAGUACCAUCACUUGAACGUUCGAAACAAUGAAGGAAUCGGAUAUAGAGCACAAGGCAGCCAUGAAGCCGGCCUCCAGUGACAGUGAGGAUUCCGGAUCCAUGGACUCCGAUGCAGCCAAGCUGGCUGAAAUGGGAUAUUCGCAGGAUAUGCAGCGCAAUUUCUCUGUGUUGUCCCUCAUUGGAAUUGCGUUUUGCAUGUCGAAUUCCUGGUUCGGCAUUUCUGCUUCACUGAUCACGGGUAUCAGCUCUGGAGGCACCGUCCUCAUUAUUUAUGGGCUGAUAUGGAUCUCACUCGUCUCGCUGUGUGUCGCCUCCUCGUUGUCGGAGCUGGCCAGUGCUAUGCCGAACGCCGGCGGUCAAUACUACUGGGCCAGCGAGCUGGCGCCCAGAAAGUAUGCCCGAUUUGCUUCCUACUUCACCGGCUGGUUCGGGUACGCAGGUGCAAUUUUCGCCAGUGCCAGUGUGGCACUCAGUCUGGGGUCUGCUGGAGUUGGCAUGUGGCAGCUGGGACAUCCGGACUUCGUCCCCAAGGCGUGGCAUACUGUUGUUGCAUACCAGUUGAUCAAUUUCUUCUGUUUCUUGUUCAACUGUGUUGGAAAGCUGCUUCCUGGAGUUGCAAAGAUGACCCUAUAUAUAUCUCUGGUGUCCUUUUUGGUAAUCUUGAUCACCGUUCCCGCCUGCGCUCACCCCCAUGCCAGCGCAAAAUUUGUCUUUGCGGAAUUCGUCAACUCCACUGGGUGGAAAUCUGACGGGAUCGCCUUCAUCGUCGGUCUGAUCAACCCGAACUGGAUCUUUGCGUGUCUCGACUCAGCAACACAUUUGGCAGAGGAGGUACCUCAACCGGAGCGAAACAUCCCCAUUGCCAUCAUGGCCACGGUAGGUAUUGGCUUCACGACCGCCUGGUUUUACUGCAUUGCCAUGUUCUUCAGCGUCACCGACCUUGAUGCUCUUGUGGACACGGCCACAGGCGUUCCGAUCCUGCAGCUCUACUACCAAGCGCUGAAGAACAAGACUGGCGCCAUCGUUUUGGAGACGUUGUUGCUGGUCACGGGUAUGGGUUGCCAAAUCGCUUGCCACACUUGGCAAUCUCGUCUUUGCUGGUCCUUUGCGCGCGACGGCGGUCUACCGGGCUCCAAAUACCUGGCUCGCGUGAACAAGCAGCUUGACGUUCCAUUCAUCUCGCACUGUGUCAGUUCCUUCAUCGUCGGUCUACUGGGGCUUCUCUACCUUGGAUCUUCCACCGCAUUCAACAGUAUGGUGACUGCCUGCAUCACCCUGCUGUAUGUUUCCUACAGUACACCCAUCCUCUGUCUCUGGUAUCGCGGGCGCAACAACAUCCAACACGGUCCGUUUUGGCUAGGAAAUCUAGGAAUGGUUUGCAACGUGGUCACCUUAGCCUGGACCGUGUUUUCGUUGAUCAUGUAUUCGUUUCCGUCGACCUACCCUGUCAAUGCCGGCAAUAUGAACUAUGUCUCAGCCGUAUAUGGUAUUAUCAUCUUCAUCGUCCUCCUCGACUGGGUUCUCCGUGGUCGUCAUGAGUUCAAAGGUCAAGACAGCCGACACACUGCAACCGAAAUCAGCCAUGCUGGGCAUGGUACCUGUCUAUAGAGCAGAAUUUGGGUCGGGG